AUGCCAACAUCUUAUCCCAAUUUGUGGUACAAAAUUAUAACAAUUCUUUGGCUCUCAAAUAUGAUUUGGAUUGCUUUUUUUCAAUAUCCCUACUUCUUUCACUCUGAAGAUAUGACUGAAUUUUCUGAUGUUUUCAAAAUUCUUAUGGGGCGUGGAAAAUUCUACGAAAAAGCUGAUAAUUUGUCAAAUAUUUUAACAAAGUUCUACAGAAAAUUCAUGACGUGCCUAUGCAUUGGCUAUAUAGUGUACCCUGUGCAGAUUAUCCUCCAUCAAAUGUACGUUGGUGCAGAGGAAAUAAGUUGGCAAUUACCCAUCAAAAUUGAAUUUCCUUGGAAUAUAUCAACAAUUCCAAGCUACAUUAUCACUUUCAUUGCUGUUUGCCUCAAUCUCUUCACAACACUCUACUACGUCUUGUGCUUGGAUACAUUCUUCUUCGGUGCCAUCCUCCACAUGUCAGCUUGCUUUCAGGAUCUCCGGGAAAUGCUCACAGAAACAGAUGCAAAUCUUCCUGCGGGAGAUGAUGGUGUAUCCCUCAUUGAAGAUCAUCAUUCCAAUGCAACUAGGCGCAAUAUGAUAAACUGUGUGAAAUUUCACAAUUUAUCCAUUGAUUUUGUCCAGAAGAUGGAAGAGAUUAUUAGUUCAUCCCUCUUUGUAGCCUAUAUUAUUUUAAUUUUUCUCAUUUGUGCUGUCCUGUAUCAAGCCUCCGAGCACAUGAUGACGAAUCAAAUAAUGCGAGAUUUAAUAUUUGUCGUGAGUGCCCUUAUUCAGCUUCUUAUAUCAACAUUUUUUGGGAGUCUCAUCACUGAGGAGAGUGAGAAAAUUGCUUUUGCUGUGUAUUCAACUCAUUGGUAUCGACAGCCACCAAAAUUGCGGUUCUACUAUCAACUUAUCCUGCUCAGGAGUCAAAGAUCAGUUCAGUUGACGGCAUUAACACUCAUUAACAGCUCCCUGCAGAGUUUUACAAAGGUGAUAAGCAAUUCAACAAAAGCCUUCGCACUGCUGCAAACGAUUCAGGAGAAGAGCAUUUAA